ACAUUCGGAAAGGUUGACGUGUUUUUGUUUUGAUUUUCGUCGGCAUGUUUUAUGGUUGCCAGACAUUUUACAUGUAUUUUUUAACGAUUUUCUAAAUUGUUUAAAGUGCGGUUCGACAAUUAGCCCACGUAAAAAUGUACAUUCCAUCGAUCUCGACGAUCUGCGGAGGACUCUUCCUCGUGUAUAUUGCGCACUCGAUGUGGUCGCUCGCGCAGCUGUUUCGGACGCUCCAGUGCACCGGGACGCCUUGCUAUAAGUCCUACCUGAAGUCGAAUCCUCGCCUGCAACUUGCGAUAUUCACGUCUCCUUCCUACAAUCCUAUAAGCAGCGAAGUGCAGAAAGUGGUGAAUAUACGCAACUUCGACUACCGAACUGAGUAUCACAGGGAACUGGAUGUGGAUGUCCCGCUGAAGACUAGACGGAAUGGCACGCUCUAUAUGCAUGUAGCGCUUGCACUGGACGACACGCCCUUGGACUGGAAGAGCCUCCAACGCGAUGGGCCGACUGUGAUUCAGCGAAUUGCCCUCACGGAGUACAUGGAACCCAAGGCGGCCACGUUCAACUUGCUGGGGGAUCAGCCACCGAAAGCAGCCAAACGUAGUUCCAAUGCCAGAGACAAGAACAACAACAACGUAAAGCCAGUUACCCACCUAAAGCCCAAAGCUCAUGCUGUGAUUCUUACCGAUGACAUCUCCAUCAGUCACGCCGAUCUCCCACCGGAAUUAGCUCCAUUGAUUCGAAUCAACCGAAAAAAUGAGUUUUUACCGAUUAUUCAAAAUGACUUCUUUAAGUCACGUUUGAAUGACUUAAUUGAGGUUACCAAGGACACUACCGAGGCGAAGAUUCAAUUCCAUUAUAGUCCGAUCGGCAUUGGGAAGCUACGUCUGAUGUUGCAAAUUGAGCAUGCUAUGAAAUCGAUGCUGUCCUUGGGCUUCUCUAAAAAGGACAUUGAUGAAGUGAAAGGAAUAUUUUCGGAUACGAACGUUUAUUUGUUGCUGUUAACGGUUUUCGUAGGAAGUGUGCAUAUGCUUUUUGACUUCCUUUCGUUCAAAAAUGACGUUAUCUUCUGGCGGCGCAAAAAUAACUACGCGGGGCUUUCAGUCCGAACGACCUUGUGGCGCGCCUUCAGUCAGGUUGUAAUUUUCCUGUACUUACUUGACGAGAAGACUUCGCUUCUUGUUUUGGUUCCUGCAGGAAUUGGGACAAUGAUCGAGCUGUGGAAAUGCAAAAAGAUUUUGAAAUUGGAAAUAUCCUGGUCAGGAAUCCGAGCUAAAAAAGAGGAUAAUAAAAAAGCGGUCGUCCAGGCCGAAGAAAAAACACAGGAAUUUGAUAAAGAGGCUAUGCGGUACCUUAGCUACUUGCUGUACCCACUAUGCAUUGCAGGAGCGGUGUAUUCGCUCUUGUAUCAGCCGCAUAAGAGUUGGUAUUCGUGGACGCUAAACUCACUAGUGAAUGGGGUCUACGCCUUCGGCUUUCUCUUUAUGCUACCUCAGCUUUUUGUCAACUACAAACUGAAAUCCGUCGCAGCGCUCCCAUGGCGUGCAUUUAUGUACAAAGCGUUCAACACGUUCAUUGAUGAUCUGUUCGCGUUUAUCAUAACGAUGCCUACGGCCCAUAGGGUUGCCUGCUUCCGGGAUGACGUGGUGUUCCUGAUCUACUUGUACCAGCGAUACUUGUACCCAGUUGAUAAGAGUCGCGUCGACAUGGGCGCUUCAUUUGAAGAUGCAACUGAUGAGAAUGCCUCGGAGCGCAAAGGCGCCAAAGCGGCAAUCGAAAGCAAGAAGGAAAAGUGAAUUUGGGGGUUUCAGAUAAUAAUAGGGGCUGCCACAGUUUGAAGAGUGGCUUUUCAUUUUCAUCAAUAUUUCACUGUUUACGGGACAAUAAGUGUUUAUUAUAAAUUUUUACGAAGCUUUGCGAUAUCGAAACAUUGGCAACCGAAUUGUCUGAUGUUCUAAAUUGUCGCACAUUAAUUGUGCUGUAAUAUUCGUCCAAACAUCAGGCGUUCAAGUAAAGUCAUUUCACAAGAUCAAGAUUAAUUCUGCGACGGAGGCUAGUGUAGGCUCCUCACGCUUUUGUUAGAUGUAAUGUACGGACGAGUUUAGAUUGUCUAUGAUUAAUUGUAUUUUUUUUCGGAGUCUAUUACGGAUGAACGGAUGGUAUUUUUGCCUGUUAUAUUUUGCAUAAUUGUGCGACACGUAGUGAAAUUUUGUAUACACAAAAGUUUUAUAUUAAAUCAGUUUAUGUAGGCGAAGAAAUGAAAAUUAUUGUUGCUCGUUUGUAGAGAGAGAAUGGGUCUCUUUAAAAAUCAAUGGAAUUGUAAACAAAUUAUGAAUGUAAUAAAAAGUUUGAUAAGACAAUUUAGAGGGUUAA